GCGCGAUCGUCGGCACGGUGCCCGGUGUCAGCUGUUCGGCGCAUCAGCUGUUCGCUCGUCGGCGUUGUUGUCACCACGCGUAGUGACCGGUCGCGGAGUCGGUUCCUCCUCAGUGCGGAGUCCCCGGGUCGGGACGACGGCGACCGCUCAGUGCGCGGCCGAGAGCUCGGGUACGGAGCGUGGCGGUGUGCGGCCCCUCAAUACGCGGCCAGGAAGGCACUCACUGCGUGCCCGGGUAGGAUCGCUAGGUUAGGUGACGGCGCUCAAUAUGCGCUCGAGGAUGCCUGGCUCAGUACACCAGGAGGAACGGUCUGCUCACUUCGCAGGCCGGGGAAGCUCUGUCUUCCCUCGCGAGUGGAGGGCUUAUAUACCCUCCAUUCGGUGGUGAGGGAAAGAGAGAAGAGCGGAGGGAGCGAGCGAGGACGAAAAAAUGGCUACGUCCAGCUGAGAAAACUAGUAUUUCUAGAUGGGAGAGCCCAGACGAUCUUCUAGUUCUAAACCAAAAUGACGUCAUAAACUAGAGACUUAAAGGCCGGGACACUAGAGAAAAAAUGUCCAUAGAUGUGUACGUAUAGCUAAGGCAGAACCUCCUAUGCGAUCCUACUGCGCAUGCGGCAGCAGACAGGUCGAGAACGGGUGGCACUAGAAUGCCCACGUCUAUCAAUUGGAUAAUUAAAAAUACAAUGUUCUAAUUGGUGUAUAUAAGAGACUAUAGCAGCAAUCACCUGUGAAUGGCUGUGGUCAAUCCAGCCAUUCUGUGGCUCACGCCCUCUCGAGCGCUAUCUUCUUUCUUUUCAUUGGCGAGACAUAUUUUUGGAUGGCUUGUCUAUUCUAUAUAUUUUUUAUCUAUGUCUGUAACAUUACUUGGUCAAGUUGGACAUCCUGCUAAAGCGAAGUUGAACUCAGUUGAACUUGAAGCGAAUCAAAGGUAGUUUCAAGCGAAGUGAAGCUGGUAAUAAAAAUGAGCAAAGAAAUGCAUGCAGAGAAAGAACGCAGAGAAAGAUCAAAAAGCAGAGAUGGACGUAAAAAGACAGAGGAGAGAGACAAAGGGAAGGAAGAGAGACUGAGGAGAGAAAACGAGGAGAGAGACAAAGAAAAGGAAGAGAGACGGAGGAGAGAGAAAGAGGAGGAGAUCAGAAAAACGAGAAGAGAAAGAAAUGUUCUGUUGGAAAGAAAAACAAACGAGCAAAAUUUUAAUAUGAGAGAGAUGAGGGAAGUAAUAGAAGACGAAGGAGGGAGGAGGCACAGAAGAUCAGAAAAAGAGAACGAAAAACAAAACGACAAAAAUACCAGAAAGGACAAAGAGGACGAGGAAGAAAUAAUGGAAAUUGAUAUCGAAAGUGAUGAAGAAAAUGAACAAAAUAAAAAAAGAAAGAGAGGAGGAAAAAUUUUAAAAUACAGAAAUAAGAGAUAUUAUUCGUCAAAAAACCACCUAUGGAACAGAGGAAAUUGGAGAGGUAGAGGGAGAGGCGGAAAAGAAAGAAACUUUGAAUGGCGGGGAAGCUGGGGAGGAAACUGGGGAGGAAGAGGGAUGAGCGGAAGAGGAAGAGGGAUGAGUGGAAGAGGAAGAGGAAGAGGCGGCAGAGGAGGUGGUUGGAGAAACGGACCAUUUAUGGUCCAAUCAAAUAUUUACAUGUAAAAUAUUAAAAACAAUUUUUAUUACAAGUUCGAUGCAAUAGCAAAUUUUUUUUUUAAUAAUAUUUUGUUUUAUUUUG